CGGAUGCCGUAAGAGACAAUUCUCACUCUCGCCCCCCAGCAUAUCCCAGCGAUCCAUCUCAGAUCCCGCACAAAGUAUCUAGCCCGUGCAACUGCGCCAUCAGUUGUGGAUGAACGGGGCAAGCCAAUCAGUCGCUGCCAUCCAGCAGUGACGGUGACGGGGGCGAUCAUAGGCUCAUCACCAGCUGACCGGUCACAACGCGUGGAGACCGAUGCUCGCUCGCGGUACCCACGAUCUCACCUCUCCGUCCUUUGCUAUGGAUCUCUCAUUGCUGAAUGGUGAUACAUACGGGGCUCAGCUUGCCCUUGCACUUGCCCCUCUCCGCGCCGUGCCCUGGAGUCGGUCGCACUCGACCGUCUGAUUUGGCGAUCUCCGGGAUCAGACGUCAACGCACAGCUCGUGGAGUGGUCGAAUCAUGGACCUGGAUCGCCUCCAAGUUUAUGGUCCCUGGUCUAGACUUGCAUAUCCUCCAGUCUAUGGAGUACUUACGGUGUACAGAGUACAGUGUUACUGAUCUCGUACAACACGGAAGAUGGCCGCUUCUAUCGUACGAACAAAGUACGAUUCGAUUUUAUUCUCCUCGUUUCGAAUACAGACGUGUUGCUGAUACCCACUUGCCUACUUUUAUGCUCCACAACUGGCGGUCACAUCAGGUGGGUUUGGAUGAAGCCUGUCAGUGACUCAAUCAUCACUACUUCGUACCAACGGCUGGUGUCCACAGCCCACUAUUGCUACUGCUGCUAGGAUAUGACACAUCGCCAAUCCGCAACGCAGGCUUCCAUGCCCAAGCGAAUGGUCUUCUUGGCUU